AUGAAAAAGAUGAUAGAUGAAACUGAUACCUCCCCUACCGUUUCACCAGCUGAACCAACGUCAUCUGAAACGUCCAAUCAUAAUCUCCGAUUCUGGGGAAUAUUCGCAGCCCUCUGCUUACUGGCCUUCAUCUCCGCCCUGGAUGUGGCAAUCAUCACAACAGCCCUCCCAACCAUCACCAGCGACAUUGGCGGCGCUACUCAAUUCGUUUGGAUAGCAAAUUCGUUUGUUCUCGCCUCAUCCGUACUACAGCCGCUGACAGGCCAGCUCGCAAAUAUCCUCGGCCGCCGUACGCCCAUGAUCGGAUCAACUGCGCUCUUCAUUCUGGGCAGUGGAAUCGCCGGCGGCGCCCACAAUCCCGCCAUGUUAAUCGGCGGUCGCGCAGUGCAAGGUGUCGGUGCAGGGGGGAUCUACGUUCUCUUAGAUAUUGUAUGCUGCGAUCUCGUACCGCUUCGUGAGCGCGGCAAGUACCUUGGCCUCAUGUUCUCGUGGUCUGGCCUCGCAGCCGCCCUGGGUCCCGUGGUCGGCGGAGCCCUAGCAGAAGCAAACUGGCGCUGGAUCUUCUAUCUCAAUCUUCCCAUCUGCGGAGUCGCCCUGGCCCUCAUCCUCCCUUUCAUGCGUGUCCACACCGGCUCACAAACCAAGAACCCCAAGCUCACCCAGAUCGACUACCUCGGCAACCUCAUCUUCAUCCCCAGCAUGACUUCCCUCCUCCUUGGCCUCGUAACCGGCGGUGUCCAGCACCCUUGGUCCUCCUGGCGCGUUCUUCUACCUCUCAUCCUAGGCGCCCUAGGCUGGAUAGCAUUCCACAUCCAACAAGCCUUCUCCAAACAUCCCAGCGUCCCAAACCACCUCUUCGCCAACCGCACCUCUGCCGUCGGCUUCGCUCUCACUUUCCUCUCCUCCAUCCUCGUCCAAGCCACAUCCUACUUCCUCCCGAUCUACUUCCAAGCCGUGAAGAGCACCACCGUCCUCCGCUCCGGCGUCAACUUCCUCCCCUUCGCCAUCGGAACCCUCUUCUUCGCCGCCGCCGCAGGAACCCUCCUCAGCAAGCUGGGAGCCUACAGACCCAUCCACGCUGUUGCGUUCGCCCUCUCGGCUAUUAGCUUUGGACUGUUCACGCUCCUAAACGAGACCACGAGCACAGUCGCUUGGGUGUUCUAUCAGCUUAUCGGCAGCGCAGGCGCGGGCAUGGUCCUCUCGACGCUGCUCCCUGCCAUUAUGGCUGCGUUAUCGGAAUCGGAUGUGGCGGCCGCGUCGGCGACGUAUAGCUUUAUACGCACGUUCGGGUAUAUUUGGGGUGUUACAGUUCCAUCGAUUGUGUUUAAUGGGGUGUGGAAGGGGGAGUUGGCAGGGGGGAAGGUUCAAGAGACUUCGCUGAGAGAGGAGUUGUGGGAGGGAGGAGCGUAUGCUUUUGCGAGUCAGGCGCAUUCUCUGCGGGAUGAGGUAGAGAAGGGUGUUUGGGGCGAGGUUGUGAGUAUUUAUUCUAGGAGUUUGAGGACGAUUUGGUGGGUUGGGUUGGGGAUUAGUGUGGUUGGGUUCGGUUUGGUUUGGGUGGCGAAGGGGUUGGAGUUGAGGACGGAAUUGGAGACGGAGUAUGGGAUUCAGGAGAAAAGGGAGGGGGAAAACCAGGGUGGAAGAUCCGAGGCUUGA